AUGCCCCCCCCCCCACGCUCUUCCAAGUGGGCAGUGACAAGGAAACAGAUUCUGGUUGCUGUACUUGUGGAGCUUGUAAUGGCCUCAGCCUCGGAGAGCAAUGCUAUACAGCUCAUAAACAAGGGUAAUAAUGGAGGAACUGUCUACCAGACAGUGAACAUCAACAAUAAUUACAACGUUGCUACCUUUAACACUUACUUAGGAACACACUCAACCAAUGCGAUUGUUGACUACAAUGCUGGGCUGAUUGUUUACCAGUUGCCUUACAAGAGGAUCUGUAUUGUGUCCCGGAUGAAUCGAAGCACUUUCCCAAGCAUAUCACAGCUUGAAAACAUGGUCCAUGAGGAGAAUCCGUCACUGCAUGCCCUCCACAGAAACUACGGUAUCUCUCGCAAGCUAGUAAAAAAUCUGUAUCAGCUUGGAAAGCCCACUCAAGCGAUGUGUGGAGGUUUCACCACCUACUGGGCCACUGAAUUCCAAAGACUGGAUCCAUCAAUCGGAGGCAGAGGCUGCGCAGGAGUGCGCCUUCUUAUCCUUGAUGUGAACUUAUGCGGAGGCAUUUCCCUCUUCUAACCAGGGAUGGACGUCUGUCUCCC